CCUUUGCGCAGAUCUACAAGAGUGGGGCCAUUUGUAUCCCCGCUAAACCCGGUGAAGGUUUCAGGACUGUUUAGGAUGACUUCAGUGAUCUCUACGGGCGAUAUCAGGAAAUACAACUGGUGAAAAACGAUUCAAUGCGCUGUCGUCGUUCCCGCUAACACGCAAACUAGCCGAGGAAGGUGCACUUCUGGAAGACAACUGCCUGCAUUUGGGAAGUUCGAGGAAGGGAGAAAUAAUAAUUAUUCUCACGCAACAGAAAACCUACUGCCAUGGAUGACAACUUGAGUAACUCCAAUGUAAAGGUCGCUGUUCGCCUCCGACCAAUGAACAGAAGAGAAAAGGAUCUGAAGACUAAAUGUGUGGUGGAGAUGAACGGGAACCAGACUGUGUUGAAUCCAGCCAGUCAGAAUCUGAGCAAGGGAGACCCCAGGAAUCAGCCUAAGGUCUUUGCUUAUGACUACUGUUUCUGGUCCAUGGAUGAGACCGACACAGACAAGUUUGCAGGUCAAGAGGUCGUGUUCCAGUGCCUUGGAGAAAGUCUUCUGGACAAUGCCUUCUUGGGCUAUAACGCCUGUAUCUUCGCUUAUGGACAGACAGGCUCUGGGAAGUCGUACACCAUGAUGGGUUCGUCAGAGCAGCCAGGUCUGAUCCCGCGGCUGUGCAGCUCUCUGUUUGACCGGAUCCUACAGGAUCAGAGGGAGGGAGAGAGCUUCACUGUAGAGGUCUCCUUUAUGGAGAUCUACAACGAGAAGGUUCGGGAUCUACUGGAUCCCAAAGGAAGUCGUCAGGCCCUGCGAGUGAGGGAACACAAGGUGUUCGGGCCUUACGUCGAUGGUCUGUCCCGUCUGGCUGUAGCCUGCUAUAAGGACAUAGAGUGUCUGAUGUCAGAGGGUAACAAGUCUCGUACAGUAGCAGCCACCAAUAUGAACGAGGAGAGCAGCAGGUCCCACGCCGUCUUCAACAUCAUCCUCACACACACUCUAAUGGACCUGGGUUCUGGGACCAGUGGGGAGAAGGUCAGUAAGCUGAGUCUGGUGGAUCUGGCCGGCAGUGAGAGAGCUGCUAAGACUGGAGCUACUGGAGAGAGAAUGAAGGAAGGAAGCAACAUCAACAAGUCUCUAAGCACACUGGGCUUGGUGAUCUCAGCGCUGGCAGACCAAGGAGCAGGGAAGAACAAGACCAAGUUUGUUCCCUACAGAGACUCAGUUCUGACCUGGCUACUGAAGGACAGUCUGGGUGGUAACAGUAGGACAGCCAUGGUGGCCACGGUGAGUCCAGCAGGUGAUAACUACGACGAGACGUUGUCCACGCUGCGCUACGCUGACCGGGCUAAGAGCAUCGUCAACCACGCCGUCGUCAACGAAGACCCCAACGCACGCAUCAUCAGAGAGCUACGGGAGGAGGUGGAGAAACUACGAGACCAGCUCACUGAGGCGGAGUCCAUGAAGGCUCCAGAUCUGAAGGACCGGCUGGAGGAAUCGGAGAAGCUGAUCCAGGAGAUGACUGUUACCUGGGAGCAGAAAUUACGCAAGACUGAGGCAGUCGCUCAGGAGCGCCAGAAACAGUUGGAGUCUCUAGGCAUCUCUCUCCAGUCGUCUGGUAUCAGAGUGGUAGAUGACAAGUGUUUCCUUGUCAACCUCAACGCUGACCCCGCCCUCAACGAACUGCUGGUCUACUACCUAAAGGAGCACACGCAUGUUGGCUCUGCUGACUCUCAGGAUAUCCAGCUGUGUGGUAUGGCCAUCCACCCUGAACACUGUGUCAUCAACAUCACCGCUGAGACUGGAGUGGUGCUCACACCACACCGCACGGCACGUACGUGUGUGAAUGGCUCUUCAGUCACCAACCCAGUCCAGCUUCACCAUGGAGACCGCAUCCUGUGGGGAAACAACCACUUCUUCAGGAUCAACCUGCCCAGACACCUGGCCCAUGCGGGGGGUGAGGAUGAGGAGGGUGGUGUGAUGAAGAGUUUCCUCAGUACUGACCAGUUGGAGGUGGACUUUGAUACGGCCAGUGACGUCUCCAGCGAGGUCAGCUUCGGAUACGAUUUCGCCCAGACAGAGGUCAUGAUGAAAGGCGUGGGCAACAACGACCCCAUGCAGUCUGUCCUCCAGACGUUGGAGCGACAGCACGAGGAGGAGAAGAGGACGGCUCUGGAGCGACAGAGACAGAUGUACGAGCAGGAGCUGCAGCAGCUGAGGAAGAGGCUCCCUCCUGCAGAGAAACACACCCUGCUGCAGAGCCUUGGGCCUGCAGACCUGGAGACAGCCGCAGCAUCGCUCGCAUCAUCACCCUGCGCCCAGACACGCAUGCGCCGCUGGAGCGAGGACAGAGAGGCCAUGAUGACGCGUAGCCUGCGAAGGCUGAGACAACAGAUCGUCAGAGCUAACCUGCUAGUGCAGGAGGCUGGCUUCAUAGCUGAGGAACUCAACAAGAGGACGGAGUAUCUGGUCACACUGCAAAUACCUGCUGCUAACCUCAAUGCCAACAGAAAGCGUGAUGCGGUGCUGAGUGAGCCCGCGGUGCAGGUGAGGCGUCAGGGGAAAGGGAAACAGAUCUGGGCUCUGGAGAAGAUGGAGAACAGACUGGUGGACAUGAGAGAACUGUACCAGGAGUGGAAGGACUAUGACGAAGACAACCCUGUGAUGCGUUCCUACUUCAAGCGUGCCGACCCGUUCUUCGACGAGCAGGAGAACCACAGUCUGAUUGGAGUGGCCAACGUGUUUCUGGCCUGUCUCUUCUACGACGUCAAGCUGCAGUACGCUGUACCCAUCAUCAACCAGAAGGGAGAGGUGGCAGGGCGUCUCCAUGUAGAGGUGUGGCGGGGAAGCGAGGGGCUGGAGGAGACCACUGCAGAUGGAGAGACUCGCAAAAUGGAGUGUGUGGUGAGGAUCCUGCAGGCUACAGGUCUUCCCCGUCACCUGGGUAACUUUGUGUUCUGCCAGUACCACUUCUGGGGGCAGGACGAGCCUGAGUUCAUCGCCCCGGAGAUGGAGCCCUCACCUCCGUCAGCCAUCAGCAAAGAGCCCCUCUGCACCGUGCUGUUUGACAGUAGCAAGGAGAUGGAGGUGUGUGUGUCCGAGGAGUUUGUGGAGUUUGUGGCGGAGGGGGCAGUGGCCAUCGAGGUAUUCGGACAUAAGCAAGUCAACCACCGCAGGAACCUGGCUCUCUGGGAUCUGGGAGUCAUUCAGGCCAAGACACGAACCCUCAGAGAGAGGUGGAGUGAGGUGACUCGUAGAUUAGAGCUGUGGGUUCAGGUGUUGGAGCUGAAUGACUCAGGAGAGUUCACCCCUGUAGAGGUCCUACCACCCAAGGACGUGGGCACCGGGGGCAUCUUCCUGCUCAGACAGGGCCAGUCUCGUCGUGUUCAGGUGGAGGUCCGGUCCGUACAGGACUCGGGCACCAUGCCUCUCAUUGCCACAAAAAUCCUCUCUGUUUCCAUCGGCAACGUGGAGGUUCGGCAGGCCCGCCCUUCGGAUGAGGACAUGGACAGCUAUCAGGAAGUUGAUCUGGAGAGGUUGAGGGACCAGUGGCUGACCACCCUCACUACGAGACAAGAGUACCUGGACCAGCACCUGCAGAAGAUGGUCCAAAAGCCCGAUAAGUCAGAGGAUGACGUGGAGAGGGAGGCUCAGCUGUUAGAAUGUCGUCUGACCCUGACAGAGGAACGUAACGCCGUCCUGUUACCUUCGGCUGGUAGCGGGAUCCCUGGAGCCCCCGCAGAGAGAGUUCCUGUUCCUGGGAUGGAGACUCACAUUCCUGUCCUCUUCCUGGACCUUAGUGCUGAUGAUUUCCAGGACAACCUGUCUGCUCCGCUGGCUGGAGGUCUGGACGCCAUGCUGAACCAUGAGGAUGAGGAUGAGUUCUUCGACCUGCACAUCGUCAAACAUUCCGAUGGAGAGGUUGGUGCGGAGGCGGCGUGGGACUCUACGGUACAUGACUGUCCCCAGUUGAGUCGCAGCGCGUCGGCUGACCUCCGAGUGUACCUGACAGUCAGGGUCGUAGUUCAGCUCUCACACCCUGCUAACAUGCAGCUGGUUCUCAGAAAACGCAUCUGUGUCAACCUAGCUGGAAGACAGGGUUGGGGUCAGAGUCUGAUGAAGAAGAUGUCUCAUCGCAGCACCAUUCCUGGCUGUGGAGUCACCUUGGAGAUCGUCUCCAACAUACCUGGGGAUGUCCAGGGUCCAGAGGACAGAGAGAUGCUGGCCAGACUAGCCGCCAGUGUGGAUGUUCAGGAUGUCCAGUCAGGGGACAGUGAGGCUGCCAUAGAGAAGUACCUCCGCAGUGUCCUGGCUGUGGAGAAUAUACUCACCCUGGACCGACUACGACAGGAAGUUGCAGUGAAGGAGCGGUUGUCUGUCAAGACCAAGUCUCCCAGACGUGCUCUCAGCUCUCCUAAUGUGAACCGGCUGUCAGGAUCCUGGAGCAGACAGGACCUGUCCACCAACCACAGGCUACAUGGCAACAAGGGCUGGUCCGAGAGUCACCAGGACCUGUCAGUUGUGCCUCCCCCAUCCCACUCCAGACGUACCCUCUCUGGCUCCACUCUACCUCUGGCCCAGAACAUCCUCCCUGACGCUGUCAAGGCUCUGGUCCCUCCUGUCCCCAAACUGCUCAAGUCCCUGUUCUCCGCCAGGGAGGAGAAGAGAGACCUGACUCCUGUCCCCCAGCAGCCUGUUCCUCGGAGCCUGCCUUUCAUCAGAGUGCAGUCACCAAGUGUUGAAGAGGACUUGGAUACCACACUUGGUCGUCACUUGGUUCCCAUUGGAGAAAUCAUCCCCCCAGAGAGCCAAUCAGAGGCCCCAAAAACCAUGCCCCUCCCACCACCCAUCAUCCCUGAGAUGGAAGAGCCCGACCCCAGCCCGGUCAGCGAGGUGUCUACCAGCGUCUCCACGGCAACCCUGUCAGAGCCCUACCUGAUUGGUGGGGACGUCACUCCGUCAGCCAAUCUCAGGCCAGAUGGCUUUGAGGCGAUGCACAGGUCAUUCGAGGCAGACAUCGGUCGGUACCUUCAUCAUGACUGUAACAUGGCCGACCAGGAGGAAGAGGAGGAGACUCCUCAGAUACCCCAGGCCACUGCUACUGACCUGGAGGCUUCGGAGACCGAGGGGACUGAUACUAGCACAUCCCAGUCAGACAGGACUGAUACUAGUACAUCCCAGGCAGACAGGACUGACACUAGCACAUCCCAGUCAGACAGGACUGACACAAGCACAUCCCAGUCAGACAGGACUGAUACUAGCACAUCCCAGGCAGACAGGACUGACACUAGCACAUCCCAGUCAGACAGGACUGACACUAGCACAUCCCAGUCAGACAGGACUGAUAAACUCAGAGCAGAAUCUCAUCUCCCAUUAGAACCACACGGCACCUCAGGAAAACCUGAACACGAGACUCCAUCAGAGUCACUGACACAGUCCAUGCCAGACAAGUCUACACAAGUCCACUACCGACUACUACCGUCUAUAGUGUCAGAACAAUCAGUCCAGUCAGAGUCACUGACACAGUCCAUGCCAGACAAGUCUACACAAGUCCACUACCGACUACUACCGUCUAUAGUGUCAGAACAAUCAGUCCAGUCAGAGUCACUGACACAGUCCACACCAGAUAAAUCGACACAUGAACCGUCUAUAGUGUCACGUCAGUCUGAACCACCAGUCCACAUAGAAGAACCAAUGGAGUCCGAGAAACCUCAGGAACAACCAGAGACGGAGGUCAUGUUGUCAUCAUCACGGGGCCAGACAGAACAACAUGUCGGCAUGUCUGUAACGGAUCUUCCAGAAUCAGAACCGUCUGCAUUUGAUCGACCGGAACCACCGGUAGAAUCGGCACCAGGUCUUAACGAGUCUCCACCACUGGAUCAGUCUUCACCAGCACCAGCCCUGCUACAAGAAUCAGAUCAAGCAGCCACAGAACAAACAGGACUGGGUGAAUCGGCUGGUUCAGAAUCGGUACUGGGCCAAACAGAUCAACCAGUAGAAGCAUGUCCAGACCAGUCCCAGCCUCCAUCAGAGCUACCAGAAGAACUAGACCAGCGGGCACCGGCAGCCCAGUCUGAACCUGCACCUACCCCUGUAGAGCCUCCAGUUGAUGAGCCUGCACCUAGCCAACAAGUCAAAGCACCAGCCCCAAUCCCAGCACCAGCCCAAUCUGUAGCUCCGGGACCUGCCCAUCCAGCUCCAACCUCAACACCAACCCCUGCCCCAGCCCCUACACCUGCCCAUCCAGCUCCGACCUCAACACCAACCCCUGCCCCAGCCAAAGCCCCUCUUCUAACCCUAAACCCUGUCCCAGCACUAGUCGUCAAAACUCCCACUUCCAGUAGCACAUCAGCCAACGCAUUCAAGAUCCAGAAAGUAAAGACAUCCGACCUGAAGUCCUUCCAACCUAUCCUAGAUGAGGAUGAAGGCCAGGCAGGGGCAGGAAGAGCUGGGGCCAGUAGUCUGGGUGUUGACCUCUCUGUUCCUCUGGAGAGAUUGGAGAUCCUCUCCGACUCAGACGAAGGAGUCACAGACGUAACCACAGCCGUGCCUGACUGGCUGAAGGAGGGGGAGUUUGUGACUGUAGGAAGUCAUAAAAGUGGGAUGGUGAGCUACGUGGGACCUACAGACUUUGCAGAGGGAACCUGGGUUGGAGUGGAGCUAGAUUUACCUGCAGGGAAAAACGACGGGUCCGUGGGUGGAAAGCACUACUUCCACUGUAACCCUGGUUAUGGUGUGUUGGUGCGUCCUGAUAGGGUGAGCCGUGGAGGAGUCGGGGGCGGGGCUAAGCAGAAGCGUCGCCAGCAGCAGAAGCGUCGCAGUGCUAACCUAUCAGGGUCCAGCCCUAACCUGGCUGCCCUCACUGCCCUGGCCAAGGGAGAGGGGACUGGGGCCAGUCGCAAGGGACAGAACCGCAAGUCCUGGAACAGCUAAGAGGAGAGGGUAGCAGAGUUGGGGUCAAUUUCAUUUAAAUUCAGGAAAACCGAAAUUCAAUUUUUUUUUCUCAAUGCUUCUCUAUGAGACAAAUGAACUGAAUUGAAAUGGUAUUGAGCCCAACCCUGAAGGGUAGUUUUCUCUGUAUAGUUCCAUAGGUGAGAAUGAACCAUGGGGAGAAGAGAGAUCUACAUACACUGAACAAAAAAUUGAAACACAACAAUUUCAAAGAUGUUUACACUUCUUAUAAUGAAAUCAGUCAAUUGAAGUGAAUUCAUUAGGUUCUUAAUCUAUGUAUGUCACAUGACUGGGAAUACAGUUAUGCAUCUAUUGGUCACGGAUACCUUUAAAAACAGUUUCAAAAUAAGUAGAGGCGUGGAUCAGAAAACCAGUCAGCCAGCAGCAGAACACCUUGCACCCCACUGCUGGCUGACCUGUGAAGUCCUGGUCGGUCCCUGGAUGGGAGACCAGAUGCUGUUGCAAGUGGUGUUGGAGGGCCAGUAGGAGGCACUAUUUCCUCUGGUCUAAAAAAAAAAAAAAAAAUCCCAAUACACGAGGGCAGUGAUUGGACACUGCUCUGUGUAGGGUGCUGUCUUUCGGAUGGGAUGUUAAACGGGUGGAAGUCCUGGGCUGGCGUGGUUACACGUGGUCUGUGAUUGUGAGGCCGGUUGGACAAAUACUGCCUAAUUCUCUGAAAUGGCGUUGGAGACGGCUUAUGGUAGAGAAAUGAACACUCCAUUAUCUGGCAACAGCUCUGGUGGACAUUCCUGCAGUCAGCAUGCCAAUUGCCCACUCCUUCAACUUGAGACAUCUGUGGUAUUGUGUUGUGACAAAACUGCACAUUUUAGAGUGGCCUUUUAUUGUCCCCAGCACAAGGUGCACCUCUGUAAUGCACAUGCUGUUUAAUCAGCUUCUUGAUAUUCCACACCUGUCAGGUGGAUGGAUUAUCUUAGGAAAGGAUAAAUAUUCACUAGCAGGAAUGUAAACAAAUUUACUUGGUUUCUUUUGUAUUUCAACUUAUGAAACAUGGGACCGACACUUUACAUGUUGAUUUUAUAUUUUUUGUUCAGUGCAGAAGUUCUGUCUCACUACUCCUGUACAAAGGUACCAGGGUCGGGUUAAAUUCAGUCAAUUCAGGAAGGACACUGAAAUUCCAAAUUAGAAUUUCGGUGUCCUUCCGGAAUUAAACUGGAAUUGAUUCCCACCCUGGUCGGUAGAGGUGCAGCUGAACACCACAGGAACAUUUCAAGAGAUAAGAGAUGCACAUCUUGCUCAUUUUUAAAAGACUAGCCAUCGAUGGACAGAUAAGAGGGAUGCUGCAUCAAUAUGCAAGUCCAUGUAUCCAGGCUUUCAUACUGUUAUUUCAUAUAAUCUGAAUGUAUUUUUUUCUUUUCCUUACAAAGUCGUAUAGGGUCUCUCAGGUUCUCAUUAAAAUAACUAAUGUGGUUAAGUAAUGUCAUGACAUGUGCUUUCGGAAGCUUUGUUCACACUGCAGCUCUUAAUGCUCAAAUCAAUACCGACUGCAUUGUGUUACGUCCCUGCUACGCUCGUCCCUCGAUCUCAGUGCACACACCCGUCGUGCUAUACACAUGUCUCGAAUCGGAUGUGUGUUUUCAGACUGUAGUGAUUGGCUGACAUGGCUUCUCUGGUUGUCAAGGUAAUGGCAGGCGUACGUGCGUUGCUGUAGGCUGAUUGGUGGUGGUGCUCGUGUUUCCUCUCACUCAGAAAGCUGUUGUGCAGCUAAGUUGACUGACAACAAUGCCUGCUAUGGAAGUCUCCCAGUUGUUUUACAUGCUCAAAAUCAUCAAAGCGUGAGAACACUUACAAAGCCUCAAACGAUAAGAUGAUCCAACUUUCAAAACAAGUCAUUUUUGUCUGGCCACAGCGGUCAACCUAGGUAGCUGUUUAGUUUGUUGGCACAUACAGUCAGAUACAGUUUGUUUGUAAACAAUUAACUACUUAGCUACCAUAAGUGUUUGUUGAAACUGUCAACAGAGUAGCAAGCAACAAGAUGUGCCAAAUAAGUCUUAAAAACCACUUGAAGGAAAAUAAAUUAGAUUUGACUGUUAAGAAAAUAAGUCAUUGGCAGGAAUCUGAUUUUGUAUCUGAUUUCAAUUCACCUCGAAAUAUCUGAUUCCAUGCUUUUUAGACGUUCCGACUGCAGGAAAGAAAAAAACAGAUUAAAAUCGGAUAUGCCUUUAAAAAAAAAAAAAAAAAAGUGGAUUUGAGUCACUUCAAACUGCUGGUGUGAACAAGGCUUUAGUGGGUAUCAUUGUGUUGGAGUAUAGGGAUGAACCACAAAGACGUGAUGUGAUGCCCAAUGGGUUGCUCUAACUAACAAGUAGUGCACCACCCAGUGGGGAAUAUGUGUACUGACAUUACCACAAAUGAUGUGCCUUAUUUUAUUAACUAUGUUAGUAGAACAGUAUGGCCCUUUUUUUUUUGUUCUGAGUUGCUGUUUUUUUUUCUAAGGGGAAAUAUACUGUAUACUUGAUCUUCUGAACAAGUUUGCACUCUGUCCAUUUUGUAAUAAUACUACUGAAACUCUGCUAGGUUUUAUCAUUCUGUGUAUCUGUUUGGUAAAGUGUGAUUUGGGGGUAAUAUUGGGAGGGGAAGAAUGCAGACCUGGGAGAAUCAGAAUGAAGUAAAUGGAUGAAGAGCUCUGCAAUGGUUUAGACAUUAUACACUGGGCUUGUUUUUUAAUUUAAAUGUUUGUAAAUGUUUUUAUACUUGUGAUAUUCAAUUUGAUUUGACUAUGAAUGUUUUAAGACGGACAAUUAAAAAGAUAUACUAUAGAGAAAGAGACAAAUCUACAUGAUUUUGUUUUAUAUCAAUAUGGUGUUACAAUAAACUUCACUGUGGAUACAUCUGUA